GUUCUAUAUAAAGAAGACCAAAAAUUAAAUAAUAACGUCUUGUAUUAGUGUCUCAAGCUUUUCUAUUUAUUGAUAUGCAUAUGAAGAACAACGUGAGCCUAUUAUAUUUACUUUUUAAAGUUCAAUGACAAUUGUGGCACUUAUAAUGGAACGUAAAUCAAUGCGUUAGUAUUGUUAUAUAGUUAGACUUUUAUUGAUCACGUAUUUAUUUUUACGCAUUAUGUUUUGAAAGGAUAGUUUUUCAUACCUUUUGAAUGAUUUGUACUGUUGAAAAUUUUCCAAGUAUGCAACACAGUCGUUGUAUUUAUUUAAAUAGUUAGUUAAAAACAUCGGUUGACAUUUGAUUUAGUGAUUAAGCUGCUGACUUCACGGAUGUGAAUAAUUCAUUUUGGAAUAAUUUUGUUUGAACAUGACAUAAUCACAGGAUAUGGAGUAUAGAAGGGAGAAUGGUAUACUAGUAAGUGAAGAACCAGAAACUGACAGUGAUGAAAUCAAACGAAUGGAUAAAUAUCGCGUCUCAGAUGAACAGUGGAAACUUAUAGAGGAACGACUAAAAGGGGGUUCAUCAAAUAGAGAGAGAUCAGGCUCUGAAAAAAGUAAUUGUAAAUUAUCAAAAUAUAGAAUUUCAGGUGAACAGUGGGAUCACUUAGAAAAACGAAUGAAAUCCAAUGGAAUUGAUCCUAGUCAACCAUCGACACCUCUACGACAAGACAAGUCAGCUUCUACAAAACUGCACAAUACAUAUGAACUUUUAGCAAGACAUGAUUCAAAAGACAGUGGUUACGCCAAACUUGAUCAUAUGAGAAAUGGAAGACACCCGCAAGAUAUUCCUGAUUAUGAAAAAGUAAAGAAAUCACCUCAUCCUAAUCGCAAAGAAAGUUCAUUACAACAGAAGAUUCAGCACAGAAAAGAGUUGUCACAGAGUAUACAGUCUUUAUCAUCUGAAGCCAUACAAGACCUCAAACCACUGACAAUUCCUAAAGAUGGAGACCUGCAAGGAUUUUCUGUGGAAGAAAUGUCAACUUUCUUUCGGUACAUGCGUAUUGAAGACAAUAUAGUGCAAAGGCUUAGCAAAAAAAAUGUUGACGGUAUUAAAUUUUCCAAAUUAAAGGAUACAGACCUUGAGAAUAUAGGAAUAAAAAAUCCAAUUGUCAUGCACUUUAGAGACAGGAGCUGUAAAAAGCGAAUUCCAUUCAUGUUAUAAUACAUAUUUAUUAACUUAA